UGUCUACAACGCCAUAUUUGUUUUCCUUAGUAACAUUGUUUGAAUCCGCUCCAUACUAUACACUUAGCCUACUAUCCUAUCAAACUUUCAAAAUGGCAGGCGACAACGAUAUUUUCGACACCAAAGAACUUGAACUGAAAAGAGUAAUAGGGUUUAAUGGCACAGUAUCUGGUGGUCUAAUUGUUCAUCCUGACAGGGAGCAUAUUAUAUAUCCACUGGGUUGCAAUGUCAUAAUUGAGGAUAUAACCCAAGAAUCAAAACAAAGUAUUUUAUCUAGCCAUACCAAUAAUGUCACCUGCAUAGCAGUUUCUAAUGAUGGCCGCUAUAUAGUUUCUGGACAAGAGACUUAUAUGGGAUUUAAGGCUUGCAUAACUCUGUGGGACUAUACAACUAAAACAGCGAUUCAAAAAUGGGAGCUACACAAGGUGAAAGUUCAAGCUCUGGCCUUUUCAGCCAAUGGGAAAUAUGUUUUCUCUCUUGGGGGACAAGAUGAUGGAUCUGUUGUUGUCUGGGAUAUGGUGACAAGGGAGCCAAUCUGUGGUUCUCCUGCCCAAGUGAUGAGCGCUGGUGUCACAUACUGUUUAGCUGCAUCCAAAGUCAGUGACGAUGUAUUUGUAACAGGAGGAGACAACACUCUACGUAUUUGGACUUUGGACAGAGAAAAUAGGAAAAUCAGACCAGUCAAUACAACACUUGGUGGUGUUAAGCGCAUCAUAACAUGCAUUGAGAUGGUCGAUGACCAGGAUGAAAAGAUGGCCUACUUUUUCUGUGGGACCACAACUGGGGAUAUUUUAUGCAUCAACAAAGCCACCAACAUCCUUCAGUUUGAAGUCCCAGCUAAAAAUAAGUUCAGCCUGGGUGUCACUGCCCUUAGUUUUGUGAAAAUGUCGGACAAGGGCUUCAAUAUGCUGGUCGGCACUGGAAGCGGUAUAGUUGCCAACUAUGAUAUUGGUGUGGCUUUUGAGAGUGGCAACAAGGUGAAAGCUAUUUUCAAGCACAGACAAGAUGUUCAGCCAUGGAAACAUGAUGUUGAAACAAGCGCAAUCACAUCUAUUGCUAAGAGAGGGGCUGGACAUCAGUUUUUUGUAGGCACAGCCCACUCUCAAGUGUACAAGUUCCAGUAUUCAAAUCUCACAGCAGAACUGAUCAAAACAUGUCAUUCCAGUCCUAUUAAUGAUGUUAUUUUCCCAUAUGGCGUUUCUCAGCUAAUUAUAACUUGCCAAGAAGGAGAAAUUAGAGUAUGGAACUUAUCAACUGGUAAAGAGUUGCGAAGGUUUGUUUUGGCUAACAAGACUUGCAAUGCUCUGGCAAUUUCACGUGAUGGGAAAAUAAUUGUUUCAGGAUGGAAUGAUGGGAAGAUUAGAAUAUUUGGAUUUCAAGCUAAGGACCUUGCCUUGGAACUCAAACACAUUAUACUUGAUGCCCACAACAAAGGUGUUACAGCUGUGGCUAUGACCAGUACAGGAAACUGCAUUGUCAGUGGGGGAGGAGAAGGACAGGUUAGAGUCUGGGAUAUUAUCACAGGCGUAGACCAGAAUGGCAAAAAGGAAAUGAGAGCCCAGUUGCGACACAGUAUGAAGGAACAUAAAAACUUUGUUGCUCAGAUUGUGAUUCGAUCCAAUGAUAAGGAAUGUGCCUCAGCUGGUGGAGAUGGAACUAGUAUCAUUUGGGAUUUGGUGAAAGGUAUUCGCAAGAAUGUAGUCUUCGCCAACACACUGUUUAAAAGUGUUUGCUAUGGAGAAGAAGAACUUCAGAUCAUUACUUGUGGCACUGACCAUAAGCUGGGCUACUGGGAGACAUAUGAUGGCUCAAUGAUUCGAGAGCUGGAGGCAGCCAAGGCAGGCGCUAUUAAUUCUUUAGACAUAAGUUCUGACCAUUCUGCUUUGGUCACAGGUGGAGAAGAGAAACUUAUCAAGCUCUGGCUGUACAGAGAAGGAGUGGUCACUCAUGUGGGUCAAGGCCACAGUGCAGCUGUUUUAAGAGUAAGAAUAGCCCCAGAUACAAAAAGUAUCAUCAGCGUCAGUGAAGAUGGUGCCAUCUUGCAAUGGCGAUUUCCAAAAAUGUAAUUUCUCAACAUUUCAAGCUGUAUAAAUAAUUUGUUAAAAUAAAUCUCAUUAAGCGUUUCUCUAAAAUCAAAUGCCAAUAAUAUCUUCAGAUUUGUAAAACAGUUCAUUUACAAAAGAAAUAUUUUUUUUAUUAUGAACAAUUAUAGCUGUCUUAAAAACCAAGGAAGGCCCUUGCCCCUUUACCUAAAAUAAUAUUUAAAAAUUAAUUGCAAUGAUUUUUUUUUAAAUUUCUGAAUUUAUUCUUAAGAAAAAAACAACAUGAUUAUUGUAAGAACUAUUUUGGGUUCAAUGUUUCUGAUCUAAAUAUUAAACUGUGUGAGAUGUUGAGAGAGAGAGAGAGUGUCUUUUAUAAACAUAAUGUUUACUGUAUGUCUUCAUGCUGUAUCUCACUAUCUAAUUUUGUUAUUGGAUUUAUGAAAUUGCUCACUUUAUAAUUUAGACACUAUUAAUUAACAUUCAUUUACUAUAGAUAAAAGCAUUGUUUAUGUGUUCUAGAUAUUGAAUAAGAUAUUCUGCUUAAGUUGUUUAGCUUCUGACAAAUUAAAGUUUUGUAACACUUUUAAAAAAAGUUAACACCUUACUGAAAAUGAUUUUUUUUUCUAAUAAAAUUAUUGUAAAUAUCAAAA